GUUUGUUACUCAAUCACGCAAAAACUACUGAACGGUAUUAGGUUAAUUUGGUAUGCAUAUAGUUUAUGACCUGUAUUGAGGCAUAAUAAAAUACUUAAUACCAGAAAAAUGUUGGGUUCCUUUGGGAUUCUCAAAAAACUAAAAAAACGUGGACAAAGUCACGGGCCGGCCGCUAGUUUUACAUAUUUAUCACUUGUCAUUUUUUUCAAAAAAUAUAGCAUACUACCAAAGUACAGGUUUUUCACGCUUGUUUAACGUAACUUUAAACACUACUAAUCCUUACUGAAAUAUUUAUAUAAAUGCGCCUUUACUACUGAACGGAUUUGGAUGAAAUUUUAUACGCAUAUAGUUUAUGAAGACGGAAGUCGCCGGCGGUUGCUAGUUAGGUUAUGAUUGUGUUACAUUAAUUAUUACAUGGCAAUCUAUAAUGAUAGGUAUAAAUAAAUGAUAGUAAAGUAAAACGAAUUUACAAAUAAAUUCAUUUAAAUUAACUUAUUUAAAAUAUCAUGGAAAUUGUAACUCCGCUCAAGGCUAAAAGCUCUCUGAAUGGAAGUUAGAACCUGAUCCCCUAAAGGUUACAGAGGAAGGGAUCCUUUCAUUCGGCAUUUGCUUCGUAGAUAAAUCAUGAUCGUUUGUUACCUUUGUAAACUAAAUAUCAGGGACGAAUCUCCGAAACUGAAAGCGGAUCACAGAGUUCGACCUCAAUAAUAAUUGACUAGAUUACGUGUUGUGGUCUGCGGUUUGUGAGUACGCGACAGGCUUACAUGUUAUUUACGGCGUUUCAUCAGCUUUUAUUUUAUAUACAUAUAUUCCCCAUGAAGAAGCAAUAACAUUACGCGUGUAGAACGGUGUGCGCUUCUAAACGCCUCGUGUUCCUGUUCUACGUCCAGUUUCUAUAUUUACGCGGCAGUUUGCUCGGCUCGGAGGGCAGUAAUGAUGUCGCUCGUCGGGUGGGCUCAGCAGGCAACUGGCGUUCAUAGUGCACGCACCGCGAUCGGGACGCCUCGUCGCGUGCUCUGUCCGGAGCGCUAGUCUCGCCCUACAGUUCGGCCGGACAUGCUCAGCAGUUGCCCGGCACGCACACGCGCCUCCGUCUUAUGUCAGUCCGUGAACAUCGCAUCCCUUAGAAAACCACAACAAUGCUCCACAGUGUGUUUAUAUGGUUCUGCCGGUUUCAGUGAAUUAAUAAUUGAGUGCACCUCGAACGCCUACAUAUCUACUACAUAUUUGGAUUGAUUGUGUUUUUUUUACCAACGACAUGGUAGCUUUCAGCCUCAAUGAGUGCUACUUCGCGAACAAGGGCGCAGCCCUGGUGCUGGGCGGGUCGGAGCGCGGCUGCGCGGACCAGGCGCGCUUGCCGGCGCGCGCGCUGCCGCAGCCCGACAUACAGCACCAUCUGCAAGCCAUGUUUUAUUUACUGCGACCCGAAGAAACGCUCAAAAUGGCGGUGAAACUGGAGAGCGCUCACGCGGGCCGCACCCGCUUCCUGGUGGUGGUGUGCCACAGCGACGAGGCGGCGCUGCUCGGCAUCGACUGCAACGAGCGCACCACCGUCGGCCUCGUUCUGCGCGUGCUCGCUGACACCUCCAUCAAGCUCGACGGCGACGGAGGGUUUAGCGUAUGUGUGUGUAACCAACAACACAUAUUCAAGCCGGUGUCUGUGCAAGCCAUGUGGUCAGCCCUUCAGACGCUGCACCGAGCGAGCGGUCGUGCCCGGGAGUUGAACCACUUCGAGGGCGGCACGUCGCACGCAUGGUGCGCCUACUACGAGCGGCACGUGGACUCGGACCGCUCCUGUCUCAACGAGUGGCACGCCAUGGACUGCAUCGAGUCCCGCCGCCCUCCCUCGCCGGACUCCCUAAGACUCAAGCCGCGGCAAAGGGAUGAAACUGAGCGCGUGAUUCGUUGCACUUUAAAAGAGAUCAUGAUGAGCGUGGACCUUGAUGAAGUGACGAGUAAAGCCAUACGCGGCCGACUCGAGGACGAACUAGACAUGGAUUUAGCAGAAUAUAAGUCCUUCAUAGACCAGGAGAUGCUCACGAUACUGGGCCAGAUGGACGCGCCUACGGAAGUGUUUGACCACGUGUACCUCGGCUCCGAAUGGAACGCUAGCAACUUGGAGGAGCUGCAAAAGAAUGGGGUCAGGCACAUAUUGAAUGUGACAAGAGAAAUAGAUAACUUUUUUCCUGGCAUGUUUGACUAUUUAAACGUAAGGGUAUAUGAUGACGAGAAGACUGAUCUACUCAAACAUUGGGACAACACAUUUAAGUACAUAAACAAAGCUAGAAAUGAAGGCUCCAAAGUGCUGGUUCACUGUAAAAUGGGCAUUAGCCGGUCUGCUUCAGUCGUUAUCGCCUAUGCAAUGAAAGCUUUCAACUGGAAUUUUGACAGAGCUAUGAAGCACGUGAAAGCAAAGAGAAAUUGUAUCAAACCAAAUACAAACUUCUUGAACCAACUCGAAACUUACCAGGGAAUUCUCGAUGCUAUGAAAAACAAAGAAAAGUUACAGCGAUCUAAAUCAGAAACUAAUCUGAAAUCACCUAAGAUGGCGUCGAAAAAUGAAAAUAAAGUGAUGGACCCGACACCUCUGGUGUUGGCGUUGACGGGAUCGUACACGGGCCGGCCUCGCUCGUGGUCGCCCGAUACCAAAUUGGCUUCGGAGCUUCUGCCACCUACGUCUGUGUCCCUCGAAAACCUGGCUUCCGAACACAGACACAUGCUUAUGCCUUACGCCAACGGAAGCUACAGCGUGUCGCCGAAUCAAAUUAUAAGACUAAAAGAAGAAGGAGCUCCGUCAGUCAAACACAUAGUCAACGAAAUCGAAAACGCAGCAUCGGGAGAACGAAGAGACUUCAGAAGAUAUCAAAGAUUGAAUUUCGGAAAUCCAAACGAGCCGCCGAGCAAUAGAUCGUCGGACGCGUCUGUCGGUUCGGUGAUUCAACUUUCGGAUGUAUCAAACAAGCCACCUCAAACUUCGCCUUCGAAGGCUUCUACUCAAAAGUGUGCCGAAACCGACAAAAUCCACACGUGGGACCCGGGGGAAACGCAAGGGCACCGAGGCGAAGACAACGGGAACGCGACAAUUAAUGAUAGUAUAGUGAAAAGUGAUAGUGGAAUAGUGGACGCGAAAAGUAAACAGAGUGACGCUUAUUCAAAUUCAUUAGAACGUAAGACGGAGGGCGAGGAGGCGCCGCCGGCGAGUCGACAGAGCUCGUGGAGCUCGACGGACAGCGCCGUGGUGGUGGACGCGCCGCGCCGCGACGACGAGCGGCCCGCCGGCGCCGGCGAACUGGCCGCCAUCGCCGAGCACAUAUCCGACAACGUGCGCAAAUUCAACGAGACGUGUGCCAUAUUGAAGGAGCUGGCGAGCGCGGCGGCGCGCGUGGAGCGGGAGCGGGCGCGGGGUCGCGCGAGCGCGUGGAGCGGACGACUGUCCGCGUCCGCGCCCGCCGACACGUGGCUGCGCGCCUCGCUGCGUCGCCGCCGUCCGCCUGCGCCGCCUGCCGCCGCCUCGCACGGUGAUCUGCGCGCCGCCGCCGCUGCGCCCGUCGUCGCGCCCGUCACCGCGCCUUCGCCCGCCGGACUCGUCAGCAAUCUCAAGAAGGAGUUCGAGGCGCGCUCCGAGGGCGACGCGCUGCGGCGCUCGUGGUCGCGCACGCGCACGCGGACGCCCGCGCCGCCCGCUUCUCCGCCUGAGGAGGUGUCGGUGAAGGUGCUGGUGGGGCGAUACGACCGGCCAGGCCGGACGGCGGCGGGCGCGGGUGCGGGCGCGGACGAGACGGAAAUGCGCGCGCGCACUCGUAACUCGUACCACGGAGCGGCGCGCGGAGACCGUCCCCCGCCCGCGCCCGCGCCCACUGUCUUGGCGCUGGCGCCCCUCGACUACUCCGAUGUGGUGGUAUCAACUGUGAUGUCGAAAGCUCAAAACAAAAAACAAUUGCAACACGGAAAGACCCAUCCGUUGACGAGGCUCAACUUGAACCGGUCGAAUAAUAGAUGUUCAAAUCCUGUAUAUAAUACUAUGUAGAAGUAUUUGUUUUUUUUUAAUUUAUUAUGAAUUCUUGCCAAACUCGAUAUUUUAUCUUUCUAGAGUUUUAUAACUAUUUACAAAUGAAAUCACAGUGUAUUUGUCUAUCACAUAAAUUGUAUUAAACGGCUGUUUGUACGUAGCGAAAAUGUUAAAAAGAGAGAAUAAAUUGAAAAUAGAACUGAUGUACAACUUUUAGCUAAUGUUUCUUAUUUUUCUGCCUAAAAUUAUAUUUUAUUGCAAAUGACCCAACAGUAUAAUUUAAACCAUAGUAAGUUUCGACAAAAAAAGGAAACUGCUUUCUUUCAUCUAUUUCAAUAAUCCAUUACAGAUAAAUGUACAAAAGUGAAGGCGUGAUUGUUAUUCAUCUAUAAAAGCAAUUUGUUCUGUGACAAAGUAUUACAGGCUUAACCUAAAUAUUUAGGCCAUAGUAAAAUAAAAGGGAUAACAUACACAAAACAUUUGUUCAAAUGAUAUGAAUGUUUAAAUCAACAUACUUUAUUUAAAUACAUUCUUCAUUAUAAUACCAAUAAAUACAUUAUCUUAGUUAAAUUAUAAGUAAACUAGAAUGAUUAUCCAAAGUCGAUAGUUUGCAGUCUUUUUCCAGUCACAAAAACCACUCUUGGUAUAGAAUCAAUUUCACUGAUCCUCUUGUAAGUUUCGGGCACUUUUCUAGGCUUGCGUCUGAUUGUGCCAAAGUCGAAUGCGUAAAUCCCACCUGGAUUAUUUCUUAUUGAACACUCCGUCUGUAAAACAAGAAAGAAGUGAUAUUAUAACAUACCUCAUAGUUCUUUAUUGCUUUCUAAUAGAAUUAGGAUACACGGUGCGCACUGUUUGAUAAAGCGAUCCAAAAUAGAACUAGGUACUACCGCAGAGUAGAAGCGCAUCGAAACGUCAUUAAAAAACGUAGGUAAAGCAAAUUCACGCUUAUCUCCACAACGUAAUGCAUAUAUUCCUUCUGAGCUUAUAAUCAUCGGUGGUCGCAUACAGACGAGCGAAUUCCUUCGAAUUAUUUUUAUCUCCGAAGGAAUAUGUGCAUUACGUUGCGGAGAUAAGAGUGAAUUUGUGUACUUACUUUUUUUUAAUGACAUUUCGAUGCGCUUCGACUCUUGGGGGCUAAUAGUUCUAUUUUGGAUCGCUUUUUUAAACAGUGCGCACCGUGUCAAAUCUCGGUUUACGUUUCUAAAGCCUCGAUGAUACGGGGUGAGUUUACAAGCUACAAGCCAGCGAGUUCGCUAGUAGCUUGUAAACUCGCCCCAUAUCAUCGACUAGCAGAUGGUAAAAAAAGCCGAUGACACGGGGCGAGUUUACAAGCUGCAAGCAAACUCGCUGGCUUGUAGCUUGUAAACUCACCCCGUGUCAUCAAGGCUUAAUUGACGCUUCGAUGAGCUUCGACUCUGCCUCAGUACGAAUUGACCAUAAACAGUGUAUUUUAUGGACUACAUUUUUUAUGUAAUGAAUGUAUGAUACUUACAAUCUUUAAGUUUAUAUCUACUACCCUGAACGUAUUGGCAUCUGAUCCGCCGCAAACUAUAAGAUUGGUUCUCGGUACAAACUUUCCGCAAUAUAGCUUAGACUGGUGGUUAUCAGGUUCUAUUGUCUCAAUUAAUUUACACGAACCGUAAUCCCAUAGUUGAAUGCUCUUUUUGUCUUGCCAUGCGCAUGUGAGAAUCUGCAAAUAGGAAUAACUUGUGAAUUGCACAAUUGUUAUCAAACAGUGGGCGGAUAAAUCUAGCAGUUUAAUACUUAAAAGCACAUUAUAAAGUGCUGUGCAAACGUGUUAAGCACUUUUUGUUACGGACAGGAAAUCAUAGUUGCUGUGUCCUGUAGCGGCAUCGGACACAGUCACCGGUUGCUAUUCCUGAUCAGGGGGCGUUCAAGUAUUACGUAACGCAAAUUUUGAAGAUUUUUCACUCGCACAAAUAGGCGAUUUUCCAAACACCUGGCCCUACUCGGCACCCUGCGCCGCCUCCUCGCCGGUGCCGAAGAAGCUAAUGUGUAUGAAAAUGUAUAAUGGCUUUUUUUUCACUUACCGGUGCCUGCGACGGCCCGGCAUUGAUUUCCACUCACAUUUAUUUGUUACAGAGUUCUACAAAUCUGUGUGAUGAGGAUUGACUGCCAUGCGUUGGUUUUUUUUACAUUAACUAAUUACUUCUGCGUAGUCUUAACUUUUGUAAAUCUUUGGUUCGAGAUUAUGUUAGGGGGAUGAUGUAGUUUUAUUUAUUCCUAUUUGUAAUACUGGUGACUGAACACGUUACUUGAAUAUAACCGCAUUUUUAAUUUCGCCACCCGGAGCCAACUUCUGUUACAUAUUGGAUAAAUCUAAAAUUUUAUAUGGGUAUCAGCGUUGGUAUUAGCGUCUUUGAUGUGAAAGUUAUACCUUACUCAUGCAGUCAACAGCUUGUCGAGACAAUUUUUAUACGCGUUGUAAGUACCUACGUGUCGCCGUGCCUGUCGGGCUGAAAUCUGUGCCAGUAAGCAGGACGUAUGCCAGCAUAGGCGCAGUGGAAAACGAAACGACGGCACCGGUCUAAAGCCAUGCCGGUGCCGGGCCGGUAAGUGGAAAAUCGCCCAAUGCCUCGCCGACUGUACCUUGCUGCACCUUGUUUAAAUUUAGGUACUUUAAAAACUACUGUUAUACUAACCUGUUUGCCAGGUUUAUCAAAAUCUAGACCUUCUCCGCAGAUAUGAACACCAAAAAUGUGUCUAGUUGCAUAGGGCUGCCUAUCAUCCCAGCAGAUAACAUUGUUAUCCCAUCCACCAGAUAUCAAUUCAUGGUGUGAUUUUGGAUUAAAUGCACAUGCAAAAAUUCUUGAGGUAUGACCGUCCACGAUAUUUUUUCUUGGACUGGAAUUAAUAUAUUAUUUUAAGAAUAUUUUAAUGCAAAAUUGCCUGUCUGUGACUGUCAAAAAUAUUUUUAUAAUUUCUAUUAUUUUAAAGCAUGUAACUGCUUGAUGUUUAAAUCUAAAGAAAAUAUAACUAGAAAAAAAUCCACGCGGACCAGGCAGCAAAUAAACAAUGUAGUUAAAGCAGGGUGGCCAUAGUGGCAGCUGGCAACCUGCUUAAACUACACUGUAUAGGUAUUUCUCGCGCUUGUUUUCUGAGUCUGAAUCUGAGUACACUCUGGCCGUACCCUUAAGCUACAAGGCAGCGCCAUCUCUUCGCAUUAUAGGUAACCCACAAUGUCAAAUAAAUAUUUAAGUAUGUUUACAAACGUAUAUGUACGUAUGUUAUGUUUUUGCAAACGUAGUGUAGGACGUCCUCAGGCACGAUGGAGUGACGAUUUGUGUAAGGUGGCUGGCAGGAGCUGGAUGCUAGUAGCCCAAGAUCGAUCUGAGUGGCGUGCAAUUGGAGAGGUCUAUGUCCAGCCGUGGACUAGGGUAGGCUGUUGAUGAUGAUGAUGAGUAUGUUUACAUUUCUCAUAUCUAUAUCAGCUCAAUAGCGUAUACCAGCCGGACGACGCAUUAGGUCCUGCCACAAAAAUGCACACAUUAAAGCCGUUCUAUUGUCUCCAUUAAAACUGGUAGGCGGGGCCUCCCGACCGGCGCGCAGCGCGCGAUCAUCGAAGUCACGUACGCCAGUCGUAACUCAUUCGCUCGCUCAUUUCGCUCCUUGCUUGUAGCUCGCAAAGCUUAAUAAGAUUUAUUGUUAUUGUUUGUGUACGCUUUUACUAUCUCUUCCGAACUCUCUUCCUUGUGCUUGAGACUAUCUGUGCUUACUCCUUCUGUACUUUCCUUGUGUGUGCUUGUACAAUAAACUGUUAUUCUGUGAAUUGGAGUGUUGGACUUAUUUCUCGCCGCCUCCCUACGGGAUCACAGCUAAGUACAACAUAGACAUUGAUUGCGGCCGAUAUUAGUUUUACUGGCCGGACAAGCUUUUAUCACUUGGAUUAACCAAGCUGGGGACCCCGUAUUUUGAACAAAAUGGAAAAGGAAUUCCAAGACGCACACGAUAAUGGCCGUGUUGAGGGUAUGUCCACGGGCGGUCCGAGCGGCUCAACGGAAGUUUUUAAAGUUGGCUUACGAGUAACUACCUCCAUUCUGGUCGGAAGAACUGAAGAUUUGGUUUGCGCAAGUGAAAGGACAAUUUGCGAUUUCCGGAAUUACCAACUAUGCGACCAAAUUCAAUUAUGUCAUCAGCCAGCUUGACAAUAAAUGUUCAAAAGAGGUCAAGGAUAUAAUUAUAAACCCUCCCGUAUCAGAUAAAUACGGCAAGCUAAAGACGGAGCUUAUUAAGAGAAUGACGGCUUCAAACGAGAAAAAGCUGAAUCAGCUGCUGAUGCACGAGGAGCUGGGCGCCCGAAAAUGUAUAUUAUAUAUACAUUUUCGGUCGCCCAGCUUCUAGUGCAUAGUAUUCGGCCAUGCGACUUUAAGCCGGAAACGCCGCAAGCAGUCGAUAAUGGCGACCGACGACCCUUGCUUGUAGCUCGCAAAGCUUAAUAUUUAUUGUUAUUGUUUGUGUACGCUUUUACUAUCUCUUCCGAACUUUCUUCCUUGUGCUUGAGACUAUCUGUGCUUACUCCUUCUGUACUUUCCUUGUGUGUGCUUGUGCAAUAAACUGUUAUUCUGUGAAUUGGAGUGUUGGACUUAUUUCUCGUCGCCUCCCUACUGGAUCACAGCUAAGUACAACAUAGGCAUUGAUUGCGGCCGAUAUUAGUUUUACUGGCCGGACAAGCUUUUAUCACUUGGAUUAUCCAAAUAUAUUUUACGGUGUAAAAAAACUAUAAAUCAAGAAACGAGCUACCUUACCAAAAUAAAAUUAGUAACUAAGGUUUACAUAAUAUGUGUUGGUUCCUACUGUUAGAGCAAGCGCACAUUGGGCCUAAACGCCACCACUAGUAGCUCAGUCAAUUCACUCAGCCACCAAUCGAAUCGAGAGAAAUCGAGUGGCGGCCACUAAGCUACAAGUGGCUGUCUUUCCAUGCCUGUCAAUUCAAUAAAUCUGUUAUUUCUAUCUAUAGUAUUAUUGUUGACGUGCUCAUAUCACCUAGAAUAGAAUGCCCUCUCUUGCGUUUGCGCUUCUUCAUCAUACAUGUUCAGCUUUGCAUCAUCCCCAUAGGUAACAAACUUUGUAUAAUGUGGAUGGUAACACAGACCUAGUGUCUGUCGUUUCUCCCUUAUGGUAUAAAGACAUUGCUCGUACUUAUAUUUCCAACACUUAAUACAUCCAUUCACAUCUAAAAAAAUACAAUUUAAUAUCAAUUACAAUCAAUCAAUUUUAAAUUAAAUUUAAAGAAAAUUUUAAUGAAAAAACAAAUCUACUCUAUAAAUAACUAGAGGAUAGACUAAUAUAGGAAGUAUAGUAAGCUUGGGCGUGGAAAAAAUUUCACCAUAUAACCAUAUAAUACCUAAGUAGAAUGGAGUAUUAGGAUAAAAAUUUACACCUGCAAGCAAAACUGUCCAGAUAAGCUGGCGGGUAACAAAUAGAGAAGUUGUAAUUUGUCAUUUAUUACUAACAACAUGACAGAAGCAUAUUAGUGAUAGGAUGCGCUUUGCUGACUGGUCUAUGUUUGAUAGCAGUCACUGGACCAGGAUAUGACUUGCAUUCUUCGUCAACGAGCGUGUGGGUAUUUGUACCACUAGUGCAGUCAAACAAGCGUAUAGUGCCGUCUGUGAAGCCGGCUGCUACAUCUUUUACGUCUUCUGUGUACUUGCAGCACAUUAUAUCUUUGUUUGUUUCUC